AUGGCCCCUGCAAGCAGUACAGACUCGGACUCGGUGGAGGAGGGUCUGCAGCAGGAAAGGAUCAAGUUCAACUCACUCUCGGAGUUGAGUGAAGACUGGGACGACACUAUUCGGUUCUACUUGAACGGCACGAAGGUGGCGAUUGACUCGGUCAACCCUGAGUUGACCCUGUUAGAAUAUCUCAGAGGUAUUGGGUUAACAGGAACAAAGCUUGGAUGUGCCGAAGGAGGCUGCGGUGCCUGCACAGUUGUUGUUUCGCAUCUCAACCAGACAACUAAAAAAAUAUACCAUGCGUCUGUGAACGCAUGUCUUGCGCCGCUUGUCUCGGUGGACGGCAAACAUGUUAUCACUGUUGAAGGUAUCGGCGAUGUGAAGAAGCCCCAUGCGAUCCAGCAACGGAUUGCAGUGGGAAAUGGCAGUCAAUGUGGAUUUUGCACCCCCGGAAUUGUCAUGAGUCUAUAUGCAUUACUCCGCAACGACCCCUCACCAUCAGAGCACGCGGUGGAAGAGGCAUUCGAUGGCAACUUGUGUCGCUGUACAGGAUACCGACCUAUUCUUGAUGCCGCCCAAAGCUUUAAUUCACGCAACAACUGUGGCAUGGCGAAAGCAAACGGUGGCUCUGGCUGCUGUAUGGAAAAGAAGGACGGGGGUUGCUGCAAGAAUGACUCGGCGACAUCACAGGAGACGGAAGUUGUGGAGCCAAUAUUCCCAGCUCCCGAGUUCAAAAAGUACAGUCCAGACACGGAGCUGAUAUUCCCAGCUGCUCUUCGAAAGCACACGUUCCAGCCUCUCGCAUUCGGUAACAAGCGGAAGAAGUGGUACCGCCCGGUGACGGUCGAGCAGUUGUUGCAGAUCAAGAACAUUCAUCCCGAGGCGAAAUUGAUAGGUGGAAGCACCGAGACGCAGAUUGAGAUCAAGUUCAAAGCCAUGCGAUACAGUGCCUCGGUUUACGUUGGUGACAUUCCUGAACUACGCCAAUUCACAUUCCACGAUGACUGUCUCGAAAUUGGUGCGAACGUGUCACUUACUGACUUGGAACAAAUCUGCGAUCAAGCCGUGGAGCGCUACGGACCAAACAAAGGUCAGCCUUUCAGGGCUAUCAAGAAACAGCUGGCUUACUUUGCUGGUCGUCAAAUCAGAAAUGUUGCUUCCCCGGCUGGUAACCUGGCGACCGCGUCUCCCAUUUCUGAUCUGAACCCAGUUUUCGUUGCGACCAAUACGAUCUUGGUUGCGAAAUCGCUCAAGGGAGAGAAAGAAAUUCCAAUGACUGAAUUCUUCCAGGGCUAUCGCAAAACGGCGCUGGCCCCGGAUGCGAUCAUUGCCAGUCUUCGAAUCCCCAUUGCCCAGGAAAAAGGGGAGUAUAUCCGCGCUUACAAACAAGCCAAGAGAAAGGAUGACGAUAUCGCCAUUGUUAACUCAGCGCUGCGUGUGUCUCUGUCUGAAAAGAACGAGGUCACAAGCUGUAACCUCGUCUUUGGUGGCAUGGCUGCAAUGACAGUAUCAGCUAAAAAGGCGCAAGAUGCACUGAUUGGAAAGAAGUUAGCCAAUCCCGAAACACUUGAGGCGGUGAUGGCCGCGUUGGAAGAGGACUUUAACCUUCCGUAUGGCGUUCCAGGUGGUAUGGCCACCUACCGAAAAUCCCUCGCCAUGGGAUUCUUCUAUCGCUUCUACCAUGAUGUCCUCUCCGGAUUGGAAGUAAAGGAAACUGACAUUGAUGCGGACGUUGUCGCUGAAAUCGAGAGAGCUAUUUCCACUGGUGCAAAAGAUCACGAAGCUUCCGUCGCUUACCAACAAAAGAUUCUGGGUAAAGCUACUCCUCACGUCGCCGCGCUCAAGCAAUCUACAGGCUCGGCUCAGUACACCGAUGAUAUUCCCGUUCAACAGAACGAGCUUUUCGCCUGCCUUGUUCUCUCGACGAAAGCACAUGCGAAGAUCCUGAGCGUCGAUCCGUCGGCAGCUCUGGAAAUUCCGGGUGUCGUCGACUACGUUGAUCACAAGGACCUGCCAAACGAACAGGCCAACUGGUGGGGAGCGCCUGUCUCCGACGAGACAUUCUUUGCAGUCGACAAGGUCACCACUGCGGGUCAACCCAUCGGUGUGAUUGUGGCACAGACAGCAAAGCUUGCCGAGGAAGGCAUGAGAGCUGUAAAGAUUGAGUAUGAAGAUCUUCCAGUCAUUUUGAGCAUGGAAGAAGCGAUUGAAGCCGAGUCAUUUUUUGGUCACUAUCGGUACAUCAAGACAGGUGAUGUGGAGGAGGCCUUCAGUCAAGCCGAUCACGUUUUCACAGGUGUCUCCCGCAUGGGUGGCCAGGAACAUUUCUAUUUGGAGACCCAGGCUUGUGUGGCUAUCCCCAAGCCUGAAGACGGUGAAAUGGAAAUUUGGAGUGGCACGCAGAAUCCCACCGAGACCCAAACCUACGUUGCUCAAGUCUGUGGGGUUGCCGCUAACAAGGUGGUCUCUCGGGUGAAGCGACUUGGAGGCGGAUUUGGUGGCAAGGAGAGUCGAUCUAUCCAGCUGGCUGGAAUUUGCGCUGCCGCCGCCAAAAAGCUCAACCGACCUGUGCGGUGUAUGCUUAACCGUGACGAGGAUAUCCUAACCUCUGGUCAGCGACAUCCAUUCCUCUGCCGAUGGAAGGUUGGCGUCACCAAAGAAGGCAAGUUACUUGCUCUAGACGCCGACGUCUUUGCCAACGGUGGUCACACUCAAGACUUGUCUGGUGCCGUCGUUGAGCGAAGCUUGUCCCACAUUGAUGGAGUCUACAAGAUUCCCAAUCUUCAUGUGCGUGGGCGGGUCUGCAAGACAAACACCGUUUCCAACACAGCGUUCCGUGGCUUCGGUGGACCGCAGGGUCUUUUCUUCGCCGAGUCCUACAUCUCCGAGAUAGCCGACCACCUUAACAUUUCACCGGAGCGUAUGCGUGAAAUCAAUAUGUACCAGCCCGGCGAAAAGACCCACUUCAACCAGGAACUCAAGGACUGGUACGUGCCUCUAAUGUACAAGCAAGUCCUGGAGGAGAGCAACUAUGUGGAACGCCGCAAGGCUGUCGAAGAGUACAACAAGCAGCACAAGUGGUCCAAGCGCGGUAUGGCUAUUGUACCUACCAAGUUUGGAAUCUCUUUCACUGCGCUCUUUUUGAAUCAGGCCGGUGCCUUGGUUCAUAUCUACCACGACGGAAGUGUUCUCGUAGCUCAUGGAGGCGUCGAGAUGGGUCAGGGUCUACAUACAAAGAUGACCAUGAUCGCAGCAGAGGCGCUCGGAGUGCCCCAAGAAAAUGUGUUCAUCUCAGAGACGGCGACAAACACAGUGGCCAACACAUCCUCAACAGCAGCGUCUGCAAGCUCUGAUCUGAACGGAUACGCCAUCUUCAACGCCUGUGAGCAGCUGAAUGAACGACUUCGGCCCUUCCGCGAGAAGAUGCCGAAUGCAACCAUGGCGGAACUCGCGCAUGCCGCCUACUUUGCCCGAGUCAACCUCUCCGCGCAGGGCUACUACCGAACUCCAGACAUUGGAUAUGUCUGGGGUGAAAACUCCGGCCAGAUGUUCUUCUACUUCACCCAGGGUGUCACCGCCGCCGAAGUUCAAAUCGACACCUUGACCGGAGAUUGGACCCCACUACGCGCCGAUAUCAAAAUGGACGUGGGCCGCACAAUCAACCCUUCCAUCGACUACGGUCAAAUCGAGGGCGCAUACGUUCAAGGUCAAGGCCUCUUCACCACCGAAGAAAGUCUUUGGCACCGCGCAUCAGGCCAGAUCUUCACUCGCGGGCCGGGCAAUUACAAAAUCCCCGGCUUCCGCGACAUUCCUCAGGUCUUCAACGUGAGUCUCUUGAAAGACGUCGAGUGGGAGAAUCUCAGGACAAUUCAACGUUCUCGUGGUAUCGGUGAACCACCUCUUUUCAUGGGCAGCGCGGCGUUUUUCGCAAUUCGGGACGCUCUCAAGGCUGCACGGAAGCAAUGGGGCGUGGAGGAGGUGUUGAGCCUGAUCAGUCCUGCUACCCCGGAACGUAUCCGCAUCAGCUGCGCUGAUCCGAUUGUGGAGCGAGCUCGGGUCACGCCCAAGGAAGGGGAGAAGAGUUUCUUUGUCGCUAUAUAA